UAGCCGAUCGGUCCGGAUGUGCUUUGAGCGCGUUCUCGCGCGGCCUUUGUUCCUCGUAUCACAUAUUUUUCGUUAAAGUCGUUCUACCUCGGCGGAACGCAUUUAUUCCCCUCUAGACAAUUUUAGUGGUAUUGGGGUUUGUUCCAUAGUGGUAAGUGUCGGCUGCUUGUUACCAAAACUGAAAGAGAAAGAAAGAGAGAGAGAGAGAGAGAGAGUUAUUUUAAGGUGUAGUUCCAAAAUUUCCGCUACGAGUCGCCAUCGUUGCAAACAUAACCAUGGUUAGGGACGAGUAUCCUGCUCCAGAAGAAGAGGUAAAAGAGGAAGAAAUGGUCCAAGAAAUAGUACAGACGCAGGAAAAUAAUCAGAACAAUGUCAAUGAGCAAAUGGAUGUUGGUGAGGAUGAAGAUUAUUCUAACGGCAUUGGGAGAUCCCUUGAGUAUGAUGUAUUUUCGGACGAUAUCAGUGCUAUGGAUAUUAAAGCAUUAGAGGACCAAUUGGACUAUCUGCAAAUUGCCUUAGAUCAUUUAGAAAAGAAAAAUGAUAACAUAAGAGCAGAGCUGAUUGAUCUAUUGCAAUCUAAUCGCGAAGCUAGGAAACAAUUUCGAGAAUCGCUGGAACAAUAUGAAGUGGAGAGGCAACAAACAAACUGAUACCGACCUUGUAUUUAGAAUACCAUAUAUUUUGUUAAUUUGUUGUCUAGAAAUAUGUUUAUCGUUAGAAAUAUCUAAGCACUGUUGAUUCCAAUCAUAAAAAAAAAAUAUUUCAUGUAUGUGCGAUCAAUAUUAUUAUAUGAUUAUGACGAAAAUUCGAUUAUUGUAUAUAUGAAUGUUAUAUGUAAAACUUCCAAAGCACAUUCCUGAUAAGAAAAAAAAAAAUAAAAUGUAUCAAACACAA